CAGCGGCCCGGAGCGAGCGCCAGCGCCACACAGCCCCGGGCCGCCGCCGAGCGCGCCGAGACGCCGAACAGGUGGCCGGAGGCUGCGGGCGCCGCGGCGGGGAGAGGCGAGGCGAGCCCCGGGCGAGGCGAGGCGAGGCGAGGGCGGCCGGGUCGGGCCGGGCAUGCUAGCCGAGCGGCCCCCCGGCGUCGCCGCCGCCUGCCCGCGCCCCUAGCCGCCAGCGCGCCCGAGUCCCCCGCGGCUCCCCCGCUCCCAGCGUCCCCGGCCCGGCAGCUCCGUCUGCGCUCGGCGAGGGGCGCGGGCCCGCCCGCGGCGGCGGCGGCAUGAAAGUGACCGUGUGCUUCGGACGGACCCGGGUGGUCGUGCCGUGCGGGGACGGCCACAUGAAAGUUUUCAGCCUCAUCCAGCAGGCGGUGACCCGCUACCGGAAGGCCAUCGCCAAGGAUCCAAACUACUGGAUACAGGUGCAUCGCUUGGAACAUGGAGAUGGAGGAAUACUAGACCUCGAUGAUAUUCUCUGUGAUGUAGCAGAUGAUAAAGACAGACUGGUAGCGGUAUUUGAUGAGCAAGAUCCACAUCAUGGAGGUGAUGGCACCAGUGCCAGCUCCACGGGUACCCAGAGCCCAGAGAUAUUUGGUAGUGAGCUUGCCACCAACAGCGUCUCAGCCUUUCAGCCUUACCAAGCAACAAGUGAAAUUGAGGUCACACCUUCAGUCCUUCGAGCAAAUAUGCCUCUUCAUGUUCGACGCAGUAGUGACCCAGCUCUAAUUGGCCUCUCCACUUCUGUCAGUGAUAAUAAUUUUUCCUCUGAAGAGCCUUCAAGGAAAAAUCCCACACGCUGGUCAACCACAGCUGGGUUCCUCAAGCAGAACACUGCUGGGAGUCCUAAAACUUGCGACCGGAAGAAAGAUGAAAACUACAGAAGCCUCCCACGGGAUACUAGUAACUGGUCUAACCAAUUUCAGAGAGACAAUGCUCGCUCGUCUCUGAGUGCCAGUCACCCAAUGGUGGGCAAGUGGCUGGAGAAGCAAGAACAGGAUGAGGAUGGGACAGAAGAGGAUAACAGUCGUGUUGAACCUGUUGGACAUGCUGACACGGGUUUGGAGAACAUGCCCAACUUUUCUCUGGAUGAUAUGGUAAAGCUCGUACAAGUCCCCAACGAUGGAGGGCCUCUGGGAAUCCAUGUAGUGCCUUUCAGUGCUCGAGGCGGCAGAACCCUGGGGUUAUUAGUAAAACGAUUGGAGAAAGGUGGUAAAGCUGAACAUGAAAAUCUUUUUCAUGAGAAUGAUUGCAUUGUCAGGAUUAAUGAUGGCGACCUUCGAAAUAGAAGAUUUGAACAAGCACAACAUAUGUUUCGCCAAGCCAUGCGUACACCCAUCAUUUGGUUCCAUGUGGUUCCUGCAGCAAAUAAAGAGCAGUACGAACAACUAUCCCAAAGUGAGAAGAACAAUUAUUAUUCAAGCCGCUUUAGCCCUGACAGCCAGUAUAUUGACAACAGGAGUGUGAACAGUGCAGGGCUUCACACGGUGCAGAGAGCACCCCGACUGAACCACCCGCCUGAGCAGAUAGACUCUCACUCACGACUACCUCAUAGCGCGCACCCCUCGGGAAAACCGCCAUCCUCUCCGGCCCCAGCACCUCAGAAUGUAUUUAGUACGACUAUAAGCAGUGGUUAUAACACCAAAAAAAUAGGCAAGAGGCUUAAUAUCCAGCUUAAGAAAGGUACAGAAGGUUUGGGAUUCAGCAUCACUUCUAGAGACGUAACGAUUGGUGGCUCAGCUCCAAUCUAUGUGAAAAACAUCCUCCCCCGGGGGGCGGCCAUUCAGGAUGGCCGACUUAAGGCAGGAGACAGACUUAUAGAGGUAAAUGGAGUAGAUUUAGCGGGCAAAUCCCAAGAGGAAGUUGUUUCCCUGUUGAGAAACACCAAGAUGGAAGGAACUGUGAGCCUUCUGGUCUUUCGCCAGGAAGACGCCUUCCACCCAAGGGAACUGAAUGCAGAGCCAAGCCAGAUGCAGAUUCCAAAAGAAACGAAAGCAGAAGAUGAGGAUAUUGUUCUCACACCUGAUGGCACCAGGGAAUUUCUGACGUUUGAAGUCCCACUUAAUGAUUCAGGAUCUGCAGGCCUUGGUGUCAGUGUCAAAGGUAACCGGUCAAAAGAGAACCACGCAGAUUUGGGAAUCUUUGUCAAGUCCAUUAUUAAUGGAGGAGCAGCAUCUAAAGAUGGAAGGCUUCGGGUGAAUGAUCAACUGAUAGCAGUAAAUGGAGAAUCCCUGUUGGGCAAGACAAACCAAGAUGCCAUGGAAACCCUAAGAAGGUCUAUGUCUACUGAAGGCAAUAAACGAGGAAUGAUCCAGCUUAUUGUUGCGAGGAGAAUAAGCAAGUGCAAUGAGCUGAAGUCACCUGGGAGCCCCCCUGGACCCGAGCUACCCAUUGAAACAGCGUUGGAUGAUAGAGAACGAAGAAUUUCCCAUUCCCUCUACGGUGGGAUUGAGGGGCUUGAUGAAUCGCCCAGCAGAAAUGCUGCCCUCAGUAGGAUAAUGGGUGAGUCAGGUAAAUACCAGCUGUCCCCUACAGUGAAUAUGCCCCAAGAUGACACUGUCAUUAUAGAAGAUGACAGGUUGCCAGUGCUUCCUCCACAUCUCUCUGACCAGUCAUCUUCCAGCUCCCAUGACGAUGUGGGGUUCGUGACGACAGAUGCUGGUACCUGGGCCAAGGCUGCAAUCAGUGAUUCAGCCGACUGCUCUUUGAGUCCAGAUGUUGAUCCAGUUCUUGCUUUUCAACGAGAAGGAUUUGGACGUCAGAGUAUGUCAGAAAAGCGCACAAAGCAAUUUUCAGAUGCCAGUCAAUUGGAUUUCGUUAAAACACGAAAAUCAAAAAGCAUGGAUUUAGGUAUAGCUGACGAGACUAAACUCAAUACAGUGGAUGACCAGAAAGCAGGUUCUCCCAGCAGAGAUGUGGGUCCUUCCCUGGGUCUGAAGAAGUCAAGCUCAUUAGAGAGUCUGCAGACUGCAGUUGCCGAGGUGACUCUGAAUGGGGAUAUUCCUUUCCAUCGCCCACGGCCGAGGAUAAUCAGAGGCAGGGGAUGCAAUGAGAGCUUCAGAGCUGCCAUCGACAAAUCUUAUGAUAAGCCUGCGGUAGAUGAUGAGGACGAAGGCAUGGAGACCUUGGAAGAAGAUACAGAAGAAAGUUCAAGAUCAGGGAGAGAGUCUGUAUCCACAGCCAGUGAUCAGCCUUCCCACUCUCUGGAGAGACAAAUGAAUGGAAACCAAGAGAAAGGUGAUAAGACUGAUAGAAAAAAAGAUAAAACUGGAAAAGAAAAGAAGAAAGACAGAGAUAAGGAGAAGGAUAAAAUGAAAGCCAAGAAGGGCAUGCUGAAGGGCUUGGGAGACAUGUUCAGGUUUGGCAAACAUCGAAAAGAUGACAAGAUUGAGAAAACGGGUAAAAUAAAAAUACAGGAAUCCUUUACGUCAGAAGAGGAGAGGAUUCGAAUGAAGCAGGAACAGGAGAGGAUUCAAGCCAAAACUCGAGAAUUUAGGGAGCGACAGGCCAGGGAGCGUGACUAUGCUGAAAUCCAAGACUUUCAUCGGACGUUUGGCUGUGAUCAUGAGUUGAUGUAUGGGGGAGUUUCUUCUUACGAAGGUUCCAUGGCUCUCAAUGCUAGACCUCAGAGCCCACGAGAAGGUCAUUUGAUGGAUGCUUUGUAUGCUCAAGUCAAAAAGCCGCGGAAUUCCAAACCUUCACCUGUAGACAGUAACAGAUCAACUCCUAGCAACCAUGAUCGGAUACAGCGUCUGAGGCAAGAAUUUCAACAAGCAAAGCAGGAUGAAGAUGUAGAAGAUCGUCGUCGGACUUACAGCUUUGAGCAACCCUGGCCGAACGCACGGCCGGCGGCGCAGAGCGGGCGGCACUCGGUGUCCGUGGAGGUGCAGAUGCAGCGGCAGCGGCAGGAGGAGCGCGAGAGCUCUCAGCAGGCGCAGCGCCAGUACAGCUCUCUGCCCCGGCAAAGCAGGAAAAAUGCCAGCUCGGUCUCCCAGGACUCUUGGGAGCAGAACUACUCCCCUGGGGACGGCUUCCAGAGUGCCAAAGAGAACCCCAGGUACUCCAGCUACCAAGGUUCCAGGAACGGCUACCUGGGAGGACACGGCUUCAACGCCAGGGUCAUGCUGGAAACGCAGGAGCUCCUUCGCCAGGAACAGAGGCGGAAGGAGCAGCAGAUGAAGAAGCAGGCUCCUUCCGAGGGGCCCAGCAAUUAUGACUCAUAUAAGAAAGUCCAGGACCCCAGUUACGCCCCUCCCAAGGGGCCCUUCCGGCAAGACGUGCCCCCAUCCCCUUCUCAGGUGGCGAGGCUGAACAGACUUCAGACUCCUGAGAAAGGGAGGCCCUUCUAUUCCUGAGCACGCGGAGAACGGAUGCUUCAUGUCACGCAAUAAAAGACAUUUUCCUAUGAAGACUUGUAUUUUGGGAGUUUUUUUAAAACCUCGAUGGUACUAUGGAGUAUUUCUGUUGUUGGUAUCAGUGCCUUUAAGCGGUGUAGGCAAAGAAACGGAAGGCCUUAAUGUCUGUGCCACUAUGUCUCAAGUGUCUGUUCUGUGGAAGGAUUUCCCACCCUGUGACAAUCAUCUGUUCCAGGCGUUCACGUGCUCUGAGCCUCUCCACGGUCCCAGGAGUCUCGGCCCGACUCAUGAGCUGACCGCGCAUGGUGACGACAUCCAUUGCAGCGACACACUGGCCUGGAGUGGAGGCUGCUGUGCGGUCCUGCUUUUCCUUCUACGUUCUCUUACCUGUGAGGCGACAUCUCAGUCUCUGGUGGAGGAAAAGUGGGCGACAUACAGCAAGACCUGGGGCUGUGCGGUACAUCACAGCACAGCCGUUUGUUGUUCUUUGUUGUCUGUGGUUUCCUCUUUUCUUUCCCAGCUCCUUGUGAUGGGAGAGUUGUUCCUCCUGUUACAGAAGCUAAGCCAUAGUCCAGCAUCGUCUGGUUACCAUGGGGGUCCUUUUGUAACUGCCUUAUAACUCAACAUUACCAAUAAAGCGAUGAUCCUAGUCUGCGUUUAUACAUAUACUUGUUCAGUCCUGUUCCUCACACGUGGGUUGAGUCACCACAGCUCAGCGUGGGGAACGUGGGAGACGGGAGUGGCUCCUGCUGGGGGAAGCUGGGCCGGCCAUUGGCCCUGUGUCUGUCAUGAGGGGAGAGCUAAGAAAGGAAUUCUCCUAGGAAGAGCUCAUGGCCCAGUACAUCCCAGUAAUUAUUUUAAUUAGUUUUUGUUCUGACAGCUUGUCAGGAAGGGCACAGGAUGGGACAGAGAUGAACCAGACAGUCAUUUUGAUCUGCUCUCUAUGGUUUUUCAAGCCACAGGCAGUUGAUGCUUGUCUAAUGCAUCCACACACUACAUCUCUGCCUGACGAUGCCGCGCUCCUAAGUCAUUCUGCCAUUAAACACAAAAGACAAUAAAGGCAAAGCUCUUACGCAUCACACAGAGAACAUUUUCGGGUCCCACAACAGCGGUGGCAGGAAGCUCACUCUCACGUCAGUAUUUGGGGGUAUGUGUGGGUCUCGGGGACCUCGGUGGCUCCCGUCUUCCUUCAUCGUUCUGAACAUCCUGUAUUGUAAACCGUGGCUGGGCUGCUGAAGUGCCUGUGAAUCCCGAUGUGGAAGAAGCUGGAGAUGAAAGCUCAGCAUACCCUGUAUUCACAAAAACAGAAAAAGACAUGUAUGGAUAUGCCUUUUUUUUUUUACUGGCACAUUGUAUUUUUGUGUUGACUUGUUUUUAGAAAUGAUGUGAGGUGUCUGCACACAUACCUGUGUCUCUUCUGCAUUUCUGUGUCAUGGUUCUGUUUCUUAAAAAUGUGCAGCGGUGUCUAAGUGGUGUUACCAGUGUACGCGCAGUGACCUUGGAUGACAGUGGCUCUUCUCACAGCCUCCCCUGAGCUGUAAGAAACAGCUUUCUCUGUACAUACGCGAAUCCUAAUAAAAGGCAUAUUUCUUCCUGUU